CGAGAUUGUAAGGCUAUCACGUGGAGAGCUGACUUGUUAUGCUCUGAUAGGUUCUGGACAAAAAGCUUGGUGAGAGUCACUGGGGCUCCGGAAAUUGGUUACUUGAUAACCCACAAUUCAUAAAUUGGGAAUCGGCCGAGAGCGGUGUCUUCUGGCUGAAAGGAGCUGUUGGCACGGGCAAAAGUUGCUUAACGUCACUCGUCAUCAGAAAGCUUGUGUCUCAGGAACCACCCAAAAACAUGGCCUUCUUCUACUGUUCGAAGGAUACAAACAGGGUUUCUCGCACAAAUCCGGACGACAUACUCAGGAGCAUCGUUGCCCAAUUGUCCUACUCAAAAAUGGGUAUAGUCCGAAAUCAAUGGAUAAACAGAAAAUUCGGAAGUACUCUCAGCGAAAAAGACUGCACCCAAUUACUCGCUACGCUCAUCGACACCGUCGGUUCAUCUACAGUUGUAAUUGAUGCUCUUGAUGAGUGUAGCGAUCCAUAUUCCUUGAUGGAGGCGUUGAGGAUGAUCUCUGACGAGCUGACUAAGUGUGCCUCGGCACACUCCUUAAAGAUUUUCAUCUCAAGUCGUGAAGAAGACCGAGUGACUGCUGAUUUUCCAAACGCUAUCUGCAUAUCAAUCACGCAAGAGGAAACUCAUAAGGAUAUGGGAAGUUUCAUUCAAAACGAGAUCAGCCGUCGGCGAGCCAAAAUCAAUCACCGAACUCAAGGCGAGUCUGAGCAAAUGACUAACGAUUUGGCGGAGAAGCUCAGAUGUAUCUUGGAAGGGCGGGCCCAGAGCAUGUAGGUCAUCUAUCUUCUGUCCGGUCACCCAGGACCUAUUGUGGCACUUUUCCUUUAUUCGAUCCAAAGAAAGAUUUCAAUGCCUG